AUGACGACGGGACGCAAGGCGCCCGCGCCCGGCGCGACGCGGGCGACGACGCGGGCGACGACGCGCGAGGAUGCGCUCGAUCGCGCGCUGCGCGCGCUGGCGCUCGCGAAAUCGUUCCUGAGCUCGUACGACGCGCGCGAUAAGACGCUGGCGUUCGCGCAGUACGCGACGCUGUGCGCGUCGAACGGGGCGCCGGGAAAGCUGACGAGCGCGUCGGCGUCGAUCGGGAUGAGCCGGAAACCGUUUCGAAUCGUGAAGCCGCUGGAGAGCGCGGCGACGGCGGCGAGAAAACGAGCGAGCGACGCGCCGACGAGCGCGGCGGAGACGAUUCGAGCGCUCGGGAUGACGUGUUACUUUGCGUUCGAUCACUUGGUGUGGGCGUGCGCGUCGGGGGCGUGCGGGACGGGGAAGGAGGACGCGCGAGGGAGGUUUCAACGCCUGAGCUAUUGGGGAUGGUUUUUCGGAAGCGCGAGCGGGUUGUUUUUAGACACGAACGAGCUGAACGCGCUGUUGGACGUGAUGCGAGAGAAAGGGUUCGGAGAAGAUGGGAACGCGCCGAAGACGCGGGACGGGGAGAACACGUCGCCGUUCGUGGACGCGGAUGAGGACUUGGACGCGGACGAACGCGAGGCGCGCGAGCGCGAGGUCGAGGCGUUGCGAAAGCGGGCGCGAAAGGUGUUCGUGGGACUGAUCACGAACAGCGCGCAGGCGAUCCUGGCGUUGGCGCUGUUGGAGAAGGUGAAGAUGUCGAAGAGGAAAAUCGGGGCGCUCGGAAUGUUUUUGAGCGCGGUGAACAUCGCGUCGAUGCUGCCGGCGCCCGCGGCGGAGGCGCCGGGAAAGACGAAGACGGCGUGA